AAAAGCCCAAGGGAGUCUCAAAGUUUGUCUGGAACACUAGUGGGGAGUGGGCUUGUUGCGGGAGGACUUUCUUGGGAUGAAAGCUGCCUUCUUGCCUUCCUUUUGGAUGCACAGCCCGAUUUAACCCCUGCACUUCCCGCCCGAUCCCAGCAGUUUUGUCCUCCCCGGGGAUUCACAGAUCUCCGAGGACACGGGUCGUGGAGCCUUCGGCAAGGCUCUCCCGGGUUCCUGCUCCAGUGCUUAAGUUCCACUCGCGCACACGCAAGUACCCGCGGAGAGAGGCGUCUCACCCGCCCGCGGCGGCUCUGCGUGGUCCCUUCCUGCCUCAGCAUCCUCGGCCCUGCGCGGUGCCCACCGCCAUGGAGGUGCUGGAGAGCGGGGAGCAGAGUGUCCUGCAGUGGGACCGCAAGCUGAGCGAGCUGUCAGAACCCGGAGAGACUGAGGCCCUCAUGUACCACACGCACUUCUCAGAGCUCCUGGAUGAGUUUUCCCAGAACGUCUUGGGUCAGCUCCUGAAUGACCCUUUCCUCUCAGAGAAGAGCGUGUCCAUGGAGGUGGAGCCGUCUCCCACAUCACCAGCACCUCUCAUCCAGGCUGAACACAGCUACUCUCUGAGCGAGGAGCCCCGGGCUCAGUCACCAUUUACCCACGUGGCUGCCAGCGAUGGCUUCAAUGACGAGGAGGUGGAGAGUGAGAAAUGGUACCUGUCUACAGAGUUUCCUUCAGCCACCAUCAAGACAGAGCCCAUCACAGAGGAGCAGCCCCCAGGACUUGUCCCUUCUGUCACUCUGACCAUCACAGCCAUUUCCACUCCGUUUGAAAAAGAAGAGUCCCCUCUGGAUAUGAGUGCUGGGGGAGACUCCUCAUGCCAGACACUUAUUCCUAAGAUUAAGCUGGAGCCGCACGAAGUGGAUCAAUUCUUAAACUUCUCUCCGAAAGAGGCCUCCGUGGACCAGCUGCACUUGCCACCCACACCACCCAGUAGUCACAGCAGUGACUCUGAGGGCAGCUUGAGCCCCAACCCACGCCUGCAUCCCUUCAGCCUCUCUCAGGCCCACAGCCCCGGCAGAGCCAUGCCCCGGGGCCCCUCUGCCUUGUCCACAUCUCCUCUCCUCACGGCUCCACAUAAACUGCAGGGGUCGGGCCCACUGGUCCUGACAGAGGAAGAGAAGAGGACCUUGAUUGCCGAGGGCUAUCCCAUUCCAACCAAACUGCCCCUGACAAAAUCUGAGGAGAAGGCCCUGAAGAAAAUCCGGAGAAAGAUCAAGAAUAAGAUUUCUGCCCAAGAAAGCAGGAGGAAGAAGAAAGAAUACAUGGAUAGCUUGGAGAAAAAAGUGGAGUCUUGUUCAACCGAGAACUUGGAGCUUCGGAAGAAGGUGGAGGUGCUGGAGAACACCAACAGGACUCUCCUUCAGCAACUUCAGAAGCUUCAGACUUUGGUGAUGGGGAAAGUCUCUCGAACCUGCAAGUUAGCUGGCACACAGACUGGCACCUGCCUCAUGGUCGUUGUGCUUUGCUUUGCCGUUGCAUUUGGCAGCCUCUUUCAAGGCUACGGGCCGUAUCCUUCUGCCACCAAGAUGGCUCUGCCCAGCCAGCACCCCCUGUCGGAGCCAUAUACGGCCUCCGUGGUGAGAUCCAGGAACCUGCUAAUCUAUGAGGAACACUCUUCCCUGGAAGAGUCGUCCAGCCCAGCCUCGGCUGGAGAGCUCGGGGGCUGGGACAGAGGCUCCUCUCUGCUCAGGGCGUCGUCCGGGUUGGAGGCCCUGCCUGAGGUGGAUCUUCCCCAUUUCAUUAUCUCCAAGGAGACCAGCUUGGAGAAGUCAGUGCUGUUGGAGCUUCAGCAGCACCUGGUCAGCAGCAAACUAGAGGGGAACGAAACACUCAAGGUUGUAGAACUGGAGAGGAGAGUGAACGCCACCUUCUGAGGAGAUCUCCACCCUCCUCUUCUCCUAGCUCCAUUUGUGCAUCCCCAGCCUGUCCUGCUCUUAAGUGCCCCCUUCACCACUGGAUCUCGAGGAGGAUGUGGACUUAGUGUUAUGGCUUGAGAGAAGAGGCCAGACCAGGGGUUUCUGCUUGUAUGUCCCCAUGGCUCUCCACAAAAGGGAGCUAGUACCUCUCCAUCCCUUUCUCUUACUGCCGUUGGAAAUUAUUGUAGGGGUGAGGUAGGGGUGGGACGAGCAGGCUUGUUUCCACCAAUGGUGCCAAGAAGACAGUGCCUGAUUCUUCCCUGUGAGGAGCGACUCCUGAAGGAGACGUGACGCAUGCUCAGUUGAGACCCCAGACACUCGCCACAAACACGCCAGGGAGAAACAAGGCACUGACUCCUGAGCUCCCUUGCUCCCUAGGACUCCAGUGUGACCCUUGCCUGCACUGAGAGGACCAAAGUGUCAUUUCAGUCUCCUCUCCACCCUGCACCCCGGAGUCCUUAUUGGAUGCCUGCACAGGCAGACGGGACUCCCACCACAUUUUCAGGCCGCAAGUGCAAUUCCUGAAGGCAUCAGGCUCUUCUCCUCUAGGCUACCCUGCCCACUGUGUUGCUUGUAGGAUACCCCACACCCAUGCACAGUCUGCAUCCCCACAGGACAGUGGCUCUGUCUCCCUGGCCUCCCCUCCCCAUUUGUAAAUAGUAUUUAUUAGCUUGCCGAACAGCUCCCAGCUGACCGUAGGAAAAAGAGUUCCCCUUCCAACCAGCAAAGACUUCUAUUGGCCUUUGGAACAGGAGAGCCCCCAGGACCUGGGACCCCAGUCUUUGUAACUGAUGCCUUGUUUCCUCCUUUUCUUUUUUAGAAUUGGGGACCUAUAAAUUAAUUGCUAUUGGGGAAUCCCCUUAGGCACGUGUCCCCUGUUGGAUGAAUACAUGAGAACGGUGGAAUACUGUCUUCUUGCUUGGGCUCUGGGCUCUAUGGCUUUCUCUCUGUGUCCUGUGACACAGAAGGGAAGCCCUGUCCUGGACAAUAAGCACUGCUGACAACCUUGCUAGCUUGUCCUGCACACCCGCUUGCCCCGCUCCCUCACCUUCCUCCUUCCCUCUGCCCUCCAUGCACCCGCCUUAACUAAUCGGGGCUGGAGUUGGUACCUUUCGUACAUCCACAGUGGUACCUUUUACAGUCAGGUUCGGAAACUUUGCAGCUCACCCAAAGAGACAUAACCAAACCCCAAACUCAUUUUCUUUUUAUGAUUUAAAAAGUAGAAAUUGUAGUUAAAAAGACAACUCCUUUCCUCUUUUAUACAAAUAAGAAAUGGAAAUUACUCUUUUAUUGUAUGAGGCAGAAGAUUCUUUUAAAGUGUUCCCCCCACCUCCACCCUAGCUUGUAAAAGAUUUUAUGUAAGAAA